CUUCCAGGCGGACUCGGAGCCAUCUCCUCCGAGCCUUUCUCUGAGUUUGACAAGUUUCAGGGAAGCGUCCAGCCGCAAAUCACCAUGUCCUCAAUCCGCACCGGAUUAUCCGCGUUGUCCCUCUCGUCUUUGCCGGUGGCCGGCUCCCGGCGGGCCACCAGCGUGUACGCCGGUUCAGUUGGUAAAAGUGUGCAGAUGUCCUCCUACAGCUCCGGUGGUCUCGCCUCCGGCCUGGACCUGGCGUGGUCGCUCGGCGGGGGGGUGCUGGACGGAAGCAACUUCAGCGUCACCGGCAGCGAGAAAAUCACGCUGCAGAACCUCAACGACCGCCUGGCCGCGUACCUGGAGAAGGUGCGCUCCCUGGAGAGCGCCAACGCCAAACUGGAGCGUCAAAUCCGCGAGUGGUACGACAGACAGACCCCCACGGUGAGAGACUACAGCAAGUACGAGGCCAUCAUCGCCGAUCUGCGCAAAAAGAUUAGUCUUGCUGCCCAGGACAAUGCCAGGUUGAUGCUGCAGAUUGACAACGCAAGACUGGCAGGAGAGGACUUCAGAAUCAAGUUUGAGAAUGAGAUGGCUGUGCGCAUGUCAGUGGAGGCGGACAUCUCGGGACUGCGCAAAGUCGUGGAUGACCUGACGGUCGCUCGCACUGACCUGGAGAUGCAAGUGGAGGGCCUGAAGGAAGAGCUGGUCUACCUGAAGAAGAACCACGCUGAGGAGCUUGCAGCUUUGCGAAGUCAAGUCAACUCCAGCUCUGUGAAUGUGGAAGUGGAUGCCAGACCCCAGGAGGACAUGACCAGGACCCUUGAUGAAAUCAGAAGACAGUAUGAAGCCAUCACUGAGAAGAACCGUCGCGAUAUGGAUAACUGGUAUAAGGCCAAGUUUGACGAGUUGAACAAGCAGGUUGCAAACAGCACGCAGAUCCUCCAGACCUCCCGCACUGAAAUUAGUGAGCUCCAGAGGACUUUGCAGGCCCUACAGAUUGAACUGCAGUCACAGCUUAGCCUGAAAUCUGCUGUGGAGAGUCAGUUGGCAGAGACAGAGUCCCGCUACAGCUUGCAGCUGAGCCAGCUCCAGGCCAUCGUCAACGGCCUGGAAAACGAGCUCAGUCAGAUGAGGCUGGAGAUCGAGAGGCAGGCAGCAGACUACCAGAUGUUGCUGGACAUCAAGACCAGGCUGGAGAUGGAGAUCGCUGAAUACAGAAGAUUGCUGGACGGCGAGGAUGUAAAGACCAUUCAAAUCGUCAAAGAAGUAAAAGCGCAACCAGUCAUAACCCAGAGGAAGAGAGUAGUGAUUGAGGAGAUUGUUGAUGGAAAAGUGGUGUCUCGCACAGAAGAUGUAGAUUCACAGGUCAUCUCCAAGUAGACUGGAUUCCAGCAGAUCUGGGUCAGACAAUAAGUUCAAAACAAUGUACCGUACUCAUGGUUGUCAAACAAGGUCUUUUUAGGUGUCUUUCUCUGAUUUGAAGCUGAUGUCUCAUUGAUUUAAACGCCAAAUUUAAAUGCCAAACUUCACCAAAACGUAACCAUCGAGGUCUGAAAUGCCAAUAAAAAGUGCCAAUAAAAAGACAAACUACUGUGUUUUCAA